AUGGCUAUUCAGCAUAGAAAAUCGCUAUGUGAUAGUGAAGUAAACAAAAUUAAAGAUUUAAAAAAGGAUAUUGAAAAUGGACCAUCACAUUUACUAGGGCAACAUUUAAAUUGCGAUUCUUAUUUUUGUAAUGGUUCUAAAAUCGGUGAACAAAAUUUUGUACCUGAAGCGGUAGAGUGUGGGUUAAUGAGUGAAAUAUCACGAAUUUACCAUCGAGUUGUUGAAAAGGGCAAGACCCCGUUCGCCCAAAAAUGA